UGUAUACAAUCACCAGUGUGUUAGAUGUCACUCCAUGAAGAAAAAAUUUCAGUUCCUUAUUGACUAAGAACAUGGGGUAUGGAGAUAUGCUGAUGGCAAAAUCUGUUAGAAAGACACGUUUCAGUUUCUCUCCCUUCAGAUGGAGACAUCAGGCAGCAAAGGAGAGGAGGUUCUGUAUCUUAUGGAUCAACAGAAUGGUGAAUAAACAAGUGGAGAAGCGAAUCGCAGAGCUGCGGUCGGAAUUCCUUCUCAUGAAACGAGACUUGAGAGAUGAGUGGUUGGCUGAACUCCUUGAGUUGAUAAUAGAAAUGAAUAAGGACUAUACGGAUAACACCAAAGAGGAUAAAGAAGAUGAAGAAAGUUCAAGUAAUAUGUUAGAUGCCUCCGGUGAUGCUGAUACCAGUGAUAUCGCCAGUGACGAGAGCUCACAACCGGCUAAAUGUGAGCAAAAGGAACCCCUAUUGGUUUCAUCAAAUGUCGCUGAAACCAGCCAGUUGAUGAAAGAAUCAGCGGAAGAGGAAAGCUCAAAGUCACACGCAAAACUCUCCUUUGUUAUGGGGGAUAUAAGAUGUUUGGAAGAGGGCAGCGUCACGGUGGACAGAACGAAAGAGGAGGAGGCUUUGCUGAUCGAGAAACAAUGGAAGGAAUGGAUGGACAGACAGGAAAUGAAAGUAAACCCAAAGCAAGUGGAGCCAAGUGACCAGCAGAGUUCUGAAAAACAAGGGGAGGCGGCACUUCCUGUAUCAGAGAAACAGAUGAGCCAAAAUGAGAAAACGAGAAAGGAGUGGAAAAUUAAGACAUAUCUCAAUGACCUUUUCAAUACUCGUACAUCUUAUAAAUGGGAGAGAUUUGAAGAUGAGGACUGAUUGAAUCAACCUUUUGCCAUGCUUUACAAAACACCAACGAUUUCAUGACAUUUCAGUGUUGUGUUAUAUUCAGUGAAUAAAACAUUGUGCAUGAA